AUGGAGUCAGUCUCACUCAGUAACAGAGACCUCCUGACAAAUGGACCUCUGAGUGAGGCUCCAAAGGCAGCACCAGCUCCCAAGAAGUAUCAGAGUUAUGAACCCAGACUCAAGACUGAUGAGGGAAAAGAAGAAGUGAGCAGUCGCGCCAUGAUAGAGAGAGUGCAGGAGAUCAAGAUGAAGACCCUACCUCAGAGGGCCAUGGACUGCUGCGAUAGUGACGAGUGGAGUGACUGAACUCGUAACAUCUUUUGUUAGUGUGUAUAUACUCAUUUUUUCACCAUGCAUGAGCAGUGGGUGUGAACCAAGAGGUCAAUCGUUGCUCUACUAAAAUUAUUAUGAACUCCCAACUUGCUUAGACAGGACAA